UCACGUGACUAUUAUUAAACUUGGCAGUGAAAACCGACGAUAAUAGCGUUAUAUUUUUUGAAAGGCUUAUAAGUUAUAGAAGUGGAGGUCAAGUUUCACUUAAGAUUAGUUCGCAUUUGACUUUCAAACUGAAAGCUAAUUUUUAUUUGUACCGUACAUAGACGAAUCAUAAAAUAGAAUAUUAGAUUCAUACUUAUGUCAUGAUUAUAUGUACGCGAAGUUGAUAUAAAUUAUAAGCUAAAGUUACACUUUACUCUUUAGAAAAGCACCAUCUGAUUCUGAAAUACUUUGUGUUUGACUUGGAAGUUAAGAGUAUAAAAAUUAAAAUCACAAUCGUGGCUCGAGUCAAAUAUUUUGAAAAUUUUGAGUGACAUCGGAGGCCUAGACAUCGGAUGGGUGUUGUCGCAUCAGAUUUGGCACCUUCCCUUUUCUCUGGCAGCUCACCUCCAUUGUCCAUUGGAGGAAAUUCUUCAGUAAGGCAUGUGGACAACACCUCAUAUGUUCAUCUCCCACUAUCUUCAUUGGGUAGCUGUUUCUUCCUUAUCAGGGUACUGCCCUCCACCUGUUGCCAUCCAUCAAUCAACGAUGUUACUGUGACUGGUAGGUAUGUCUUCCAAGAAUGGCCAUUUACCAGUGUCAAAUGGUGAUGUCAUAAAAAUUCACAUUCAGCAGGAAGAAAUAACAUCAUUGACUCAACCUGUGCCAAAGUUAAUCAGAGUUUGUUCAGCACUGUUGUAUGCUGCUUCUUCAUUUCUCAUAACCAUAGUAAACAAAGUGGUAUUAACCAACUACAGUUUUCCAUCAUCUCAUGCACUAGGUUUAGGACAGAUGAUUGUAACUCUAGUCAUCUUAAGGUUUGGGAAAACCUUUGGAUGCUUAACUUACCCAGAUUUUUCAUCUUCCAUUCCUUGCAAGAUAUGGCCUCUUCCAUUUUUUUACAUUGGAAACUUAAUAACUGGACUAGGAGGUACUCAGAAGCUAAGCUUACCUAUGUUCACUGUAUUAAGAAGAUUUACAAUACUAAUGACCAUGAUUGGAGAAUAUAUUAUACUCAAGGUGAGUCAGCCUACCAGCAUUGUGGUGACAGUGUUUGCCAUGGUGGGAGGAUCAAUUAUAGCAGCUAGUGCUGAUUUAGCAUUCGAGCUUGUUGGCUAUGCAUAUGUAUUGUCCAAUGAUUUCUGCACAGCAGCUAACAAUGUAUAUAUAAAGAAGAAGUUGCAAAGUAGGGAACUUGGUAAAUUUGGACUUCUUUUUUAUAACGCUCUCUUCAUGCUUAUUCCCUUAACAUGUAUAACUUGGAUGACUGGAGAUUUUGAAAAGAUGAGUGAGUUUGACCAGUGGGCAAAUCCAUGGUUUCUAACAUGGUUUUUACUUUCAUGUGCCAUGGGAUUCAUUCUUAUGUAUGCAACAGCAGUUUGCACUCACUACAACUCUCCACUAACAACAACAAUUGUUGGCUGUCUCAAGAAUAUUCUAGUCACCUAUCUUGGAAUGUAUGUUGGAGGAGAUUAUGUCUUCAGCAUUGCAAACUUUGUAGGACUCAACAUAAGUAUGCUAGGAAGUGUCGUCUACACCUAUCUAACAUUUGUUCAAAAAGACCAAAAGAAGGUACCUCAGAAUGAAAAGGAAAUACCGAAUGAAAAAGAAUAAGUACUAGUCUGUUAUUCAGGGAGUUUUUCAGCUUUAUUCAGAAGAGAGGGGCAUAAUUUUCUGCUUAUAUCUGACAUUCAGACAUAGGUUAUUACAUUUAGAUUAGCACUUUGUGUGCUGUGAACAAUAUCACUUAUAAGAAAGAUUUUAAGAUUUAAGUUUCUGAAUCUCUCACUUGAAACAUUUUAGUAGCACUUACAUGCCAAUGAAGCAUUUUUGUGUGGCUAGUACGUGAUAGUUUCAUUAUCUGUAUGCAGAAAUAAAUUAUACAAAUGUGUGUAAUUAGAUACCCUAAUUCAAAAUAAUACUUUUUUAAUUUAUUGAGAAUUUGGGUAUUAGCUUCUAACUUUAUCUUUUUUUUUAAAUUAGUAUGCACAUGUGUGUUAGGACAAGCAAGAUAUUUCCUAAAUAUCAAUAUUGUUCAGGUUUGGAGUAAGUGAAAGAAGGGUUUAUCACAAGCAAUUUAUCUUAACCACUAGUUUUUUUUAUGGUAUCUGGAUGACUUUAUUCACCUUGAUGAGAUUCCUUUUUUUUUACAUGUAUUAUAUUAAUGGUUAAAGUUAGAUUGAGCAGUUUCAUUUUGCUCUUGGUAUAAUUUAUUUUAUUCCUAUUUUAAUAUUUGUUGUUUUAAAUUUCAUUAUUGAUUUCUCAAUAUAACAAACGUUCAGCAUACAAAUAUAACUUUUUAUUCAUAACCAGUGUCAUAAUGUAAUAUAUUUUUUGUAAUUCUCCUUCACAUUUUUUUUUUUUGAGAAUAUUAGUUGUAAAUGAAGAAUUACUUUUUCUAUGCAUACGCUGCACUCACAAAAUUGAGAUUUUUUACAGUUUGAAUAAUAGUCUCUUUAUUAGCAUUGUUGUUAUUUACAAGGUUAUUAAGUCUAGCUAUAAUGAAAUAUAUUCUUAAGAAAUUAUUUAAGGGAACAGUUCACCACCUCAGACCAUCUGCUUUUAUAUCAACAUCAUGAAGCAUGUUUAUGAUCUUUUUUUUUUUAUGCUCCAUUCCCUUUCUCAUUCUUUUAGAAAAACAUUCAAAGUUUUUUCAGGUGAAAGCUUUGUUCCUUACUCUUCAAAAUGUGAGAGUAUGAUGUGUAAUAUUGCUUUUUUUGAUCAAGAAGCUUUGAAGCUCAGUUAGAUAGAUGCAAUAAAAAAACUGCCAAUUGUAUUUUAUCGUGAAUUGUUUUAAAAUAUUAAAUGUUUUUGUUUUUAAAUAGGUACUUGUAGGUAUUAAACUACUCGUUACUUUCAUAAUGUUUCAGUGCCAGCCACUGUUUGUAAAAUAACUUAUAUUUCUUAAAGCUUUUCUUUUCAACUAAAUGUCAUUGUUAUAGAGAACUAAUAAGUGAUUCUUAUUGGAUAAACAAAUGUACAUAUAAAAUGGUUAAGGUGCAGCUUGAUGAACAUGUGGGGAAACUUUUUGAAAUGUUGUAAACUAACUACACUUAUGUAUAAGAGGUAAUAAGUACUAUAACUGGUUGAAGUGUCAGCUAGUAUUCUGUAAGUUAAAGUUACAUUUAUUUUAAGUUGCUAACAUUCUGAAGUUAAAUUUUUUUUAUCAGAGUAAUAUAUACCAACUCUUACAUGAAAUGAAACAUGAUUUUUUGUCAGAAAGGUUUACCAAUUUUUGUCAAAACAAUGCAAAUGUUUUAAAAUCUAUUCAAAAAUUUAGAUGUUGUUUCGAAAUAUUUUAUGUAUUUUUUAUUUCCCAUUUCUGUUAAACAACAAAUAAGUUCAUGUAGAUGAAAAGAAAGUUUUGGACAUAAAUGGGUAACAAACAAGAUAGCUCCUGAUAGCUUUACCAAUUUGCUAUUUGUGUGGUGCCUUAUAAAUUACAUGAUUAUUAUUUCAGUGCUUAAAAUUGAAAGGUUUUAUAACAGGUAUGGCUAAUGUCUAAAAGCUCUGUAGUCAAAAACACAUAACUUGCAACCAUCAAGGAGCAACAGCAUUAAUAAGUAUUCAUGCUAAGUACAUGCUAAAUAUCAUGCUGAUAUUUGUAUAAGUAAGAAAAAGUGAAUAAAUAAGUAUUGUCUACCUAGAAAUUAUAACAUUUAAAAGAGACACUCCAAUCCCAGUUGUUCACCUCUGAUAGAAUAUUAAUCAGUUCAUUACUUGCCUUUCAGUAGUUAGUUACAUUAAUGACGUUUAAAUAGAACAUAACAAAGAAAGAUGAAGUUUAAUGAACAUUAAAAGAAAUAUCAUCACAGUAUGUGUAUAGCAAAAGGUUUGCACGAUCACAGCAAGACAAAACUUGGUCAAAAGGUGUGAUAACCACAUGAUUGCAGCAAGACAAAACUUGGUCAAAAGGUGUAAUAACCACAUGAUCACAGCAAGACAAAACUUGGUCAAAAGGUGUAAUAACCACACGACCACAGCAAGACAAAACUUGGUCAAAAGGUGUAAUAACCACACGAUCACAGCAAGACAAAACUUGGUCAAAAGGUGUAAUAACCACACGAUCACAGCAAGACAAAACUUGGUCAAAAGGUGUAAUAACCAAAAACUGCUCUAAUACAAGUAAGUUUCUACUAGAAAAUUAGCUCAGUACAAAUAAAAAAAAACUUUUACACAAUAAAAUUGUAUUGUAUUGUUUUACUUUUUAAUUUUACACUAUUAGAAAUUCAUCAUUCAAUACUGUAUAUUUUUUUAAUUGUGCCAAUAAUUUAAGCUAAUAUCAACGUAGGGUUCUUAAAAGCACUUAACAAACUUGUAUUUAUAACAUGACUUAAAUGCUUUUGGUUUAUAGAUUCUACAGUAACACAAAAUAUUUAGAAGGUGUAACAAGCAAGACUUUGAUGCCAAUAUCCUCUUAUAUAUUGCAUUACACUUAUGUGCUAUAUCAUUAUUAUAUUCUGCAUACAGUUAAAGUAUGUGUACAUGUAGAAUCCAGGGUUAGUUUUAUGGUGGGUAGUGAAUUAACUUCCAUUCAAUCACUAGUUGUAUGUUAAAAAUGGCCAAUAAAUGAGAUGUGUUGAGUAUUUUUAAUACCUAGUUAUUCUUAUAAAAGCACAUUUGUUUACAAAGUUUAGCUGAUAAAGGAAGUGACUGAUUUACUGUUAUUUUAAUAGGCUAGAUUUCUUUACUUACAAAUGUAGUACCAUAACCAUGCAGAGUUGUAGUGAAGAACACA